CGACUUCGUUAACGGUGUUGUAUGAUAAUCUAGAUAGUAAAGUGACUAUAGACUACUAUUCUAUCUAGCCAUCCUAGCUAGACUCUUGUUACUCUAGAUCAAGAUCAUAAUAAUAUAAAAUAAAUUGUCCUAGAUUAACUAAGAAUAUAAUUUCCUAUAGAUCUAGCCUUAUAUGACUAGAUAUUUAUCUACAUCUACUCAUCUAGUUAAACUCAUCAUCAUCCAUGGAUAGUCAAUUGAGUUGAUUGCAGCAGCUGAACUGCUCCAUUAUGCGUUUUUAAGCUUGUACAGAUCUGUAUAAGAAAAAGUAUGUUGAACCAGCUUAUUGGAGGAAACAAAAUGUAAAUAGAUGAAGAUCCUAUUUAUUAACAAGUCAUCCAAAAUUUCAGAUCAAGUAUUCUCAAGGCAGUCUUUGUGUAAACUAUAUCAAGUCUAUUUAGACCUAGAAAAUACUUUUUUUGCAAAGAUUUGCCCAGUAGUUAUCAUCUUGCUUAGGAAAGUGUAAAAGCUUUAAAAUACUUCCUGUUUGAGCUCUUUCUGUAUAACAUGAGCACAUGCCGAAAGCAGUAGCAAAGGAGGAAGGAAUCACAGAUAUGCCUCUCCAGCUCCUCUCUCAGGAAAGCUAUAUAGAUCAUCUCAGGUGUCAACUUGUUGUCACUGGCAUUAACUGAAUACAUCUUGCAGCAAAUGGAUUAUGAAAGGAAGAAGAGACAGCUGCAGAGCUCUCUUGAAGGUUGCAAGGCACAUAUAUGAGACUUGCUGUAGACAGACACAAUGAAAAAAAAAAGUUUAGACAGACUCCUGGUGGACAAGCCUUUGUCUGUGUUAGGCAUGGCAAAAUAUUAAUGUCACAAGUGUAUCUGUGUAGAUUUAUGAAAUUCUGGUCUGCCCUCUUCUUGUAAGCUUUCCAAAAUGGACACAGUGAAAUUCCUAGUACCAUUUCAUGCAAUAAUCAUGAAUACAAGUGAUGCUAAUUAACUUGGACUGCUACAUGCUGUUAUUAAGGUAUAUCAUCCAUUCAGAAUGUGUACCUCUAUAAUUGUGAUUAAGUAAAUGUCAAGAAAUGCAUGUUGGGAUUAUCUAAAAGAAAUAUGUAACAAUAAAAGGGUCACUGCAAGUAAAAGUUCAAGCACCACCUGCGAACUUGAAUGUAAUGGAAGUUAGAUGUUUCUCAGAAAACAUUAAAAAGAUUCUUUUCUUUUAGAGUGCCCUCCUGUGCACGAAAAUGCAGUAGCAACUUUAAAAGCUUACGUCAAUCGUACAAUAAAUAAGACUCACAGAAAUGCUCAGCCAGUACUUCAGUUUUCUAAGAAUAACAUUUCAGUACCGGUACCAGUACUUAGCUGUUUGUUAGAUGAGGACUCAAAAUGUGUAGAUGAAGGCAGUAACAUUACCAAUAUGAAAAUAAUUAAUUUUACAAAACAACUUACUGAAAACCACUACGUCAUCACUCUUGAAGUACUCACUAACACAAGCUGGACAAGUAAUUCAACUAAAUUCUCAGCCUUUGGAGAAUGGCAAGUGAAGUUACUAAAGGACAUAAAAACAUGUGACUUGCAAGUCUAUGCUCUAGAUAAACCUCAAUGUAUCAAAGAGGAGUUCAACAUUACUUGUAUUUUUAAUAAAGUAUUCCCUGAGGCUUAUUGUUUUUUUAACAUUAUUUUUAAUGAUACAUAUAAUGUAACUGUAAAUGCAACCUAUAACAGUGCAAAGAUCAAUAAUGGUCCCUAUUUCAAAACAGUUUGCUCCUUUUGGAAUAAAUAUGAUAAUGAAACAUAUCAAGUUAAUGUUACUAUAUACCCCAACAUUACUGAUAACAAAAGGAAUAUAUACAGGUCUUACGAGAUAACAGUCACUAACACACUAGUGACACAGACACCCUCUAUAACUGAUUCAUCAAUACCAACUGAAAUAUCUACACAGGGAAACACUAAAGAAAUGGCUUUUGUAUUGACAACCUCUUUUGUAUGUGUGCUUCUAAUAACUGUCACUUUGAUAGUGUUGUCUUUAUGGAUGAAAAUAAAGAGAGGUUAUUUUGAGGAGUUUGUCUAUUAUAAAUGUUGCUGGGGUAUAUCAAUGCACAAACAUAAAUUGCAUCAACAAAAAGUAGCAGCAACUGACAACACUGAGAUUUAUUCUCUAACUUUACCAAAAAGUAACAGUCUUGAUCCAUAUUCAGUGGUGGAUGAACUCAAGUUGUCAGGCUGUAGAACUUCUGAUGUUCUGAAAAUAGAAAAGAAGAAAAAAAAUCAACUGAAGAAUAUCAAUAUAGACUAUGUAAACCAUAAGAAUAACACAGGUUCAAGUAGCAAACAUUGUAAUGAAAAAUUAACCCAGCCUAAAAGUGCAACAGCUGUUUCAGAAUCAUCCAAGAGUCCAACUAAGUUGAAGAGAUUUAAAGUGAAUGAUGGCCAAUACACUUUAGUCGAUAAACCAAUGAAAGAAACACAACAGGACAUUUACUCCAACGGAGACAUCAUCACUUCAUCAUCAACCUUGGUGCCACUAGCAUCAACGAUCAACAAAUUACCUAAAACACUUAAGAGAUUUACAUUUAAUGAAAGCCAAUACACUUUAAUUGAGAAGUCAGAGAAUGAUCAAGAGAACCCUAACCAUGAAAGAUCAAAGACCCCUAUAAUGGUGGUUAAACUCUCUUCAGAUGAAGACAAGGAGACAAAAGCUUUUAACAUUAAAAAUGUAAAAAACAGCAACAUGAUGAAAAAGCCAGUGGUUUCUAAAUCCAUUUACACUAGUCAAGAGGGAUUAUUAAAUGACACUGAUAUUGUUGACAAUGAAGAUGAUCCAGUGACAUAUGCAAGUAUAUUUGCUCAGUACAAGUAGGGAAAACUUUGGAAAAAGAGAAAGAAGAUAAAGUUACCACUGUUUCUGGUAUGGAUGACUGAAAUAUUCUUCUUAGUCUAAUUUAGUAGAGUGAAAAAAGUGCAAUUCUCUACAAAAGUUUCUAGUCAAAAUGUUGAAUGUAUUUACCGGAACAAUCAUUUUACCUCAAUGUAUGGUUUUCAGUUAAUCUUUUAUUGAAUUUAGACAUUCUUUUUUUUAUAUAUUUUAUUUGUGUUCUCAUUUAUUUAGCCGAUUCCAAGUAAGGUAUUUGUCUUCCUGGGGUUGAUGUAUGCCCUUUUUUUUUUUUACCUUUUUUUGGGUAAUAGCUUCUUUUGGGUCGGAAAUUUGUUUUUACUGCAUCAUUUCUAUAGAUUCUCUAGACGUUUCUUUAACAACGUUUUCACUGCCAUUUUUCAGGUUUGCCUUCUAUACUGUCCACAACCAUUCCUUAUGUGUAUUGUAGUAUUUCUGUUGUAUAUUUAUUUCAUAGUCAAAUCUGCACCCAAAGACGCCUAUUUUUUUUAAUAACUGUAUAAAAGCACCUCUUAUUUUUAAUUAUUUUUCAUAUCCUUCUUUUAUGUCUCUAUUAUUUUUUUAAUAAUAAUGAUAAUAAUAAUCUUUAUUGUCCGUAUGGAAAUUAGUCUUACAAUUUGUGCAUUACACCAAACAAAUAACAUUAUAACUAUAAGAAACCAAAGUGUACAUUCACACCAGACUCACUCAUAAUUUACAUGUAUUGAAUUUGUGAAAAUUUACACAAUUGCUAUUUAUCUGAUGAACUCAGUGAAUGAUCUCAAAAAUGUUCUACAAUGUUAUACAUUUAAAUCAUGUUGUUUUUUUUUCAUUGCUGUAAAAAAAAUAAAUGUUAAAUCAAUGUCAUAAGCCACUAGUAAAUUUUUUAUAGAUUGUAAAAUAUUGCAUGAUUAUUGCUUGUGAUGAAAAUAAAUCCUACAAUAAAAUGACUUAUUUACAAAAAAAUAU